GCAUUUACACUCGAUCUCUAUUACUUCAACUUCCAACUUCGCCCCAUUGAUUUCAGAUCCGAAAACGUUUAAUCUCUUCAUCUCCAUUGUCGCAUUGUUCUCCAGCCCAGUUCAGAAUUCGUUUGGCUUUUCUUGAAAUCAUGUGAUUCUGGGCUCAAACUCAAAUCUUUUGUGAUGAGCUGAGAGAAUUCGAGAUGGGUGGAGAGUGGUUUGAGCCGAUGGGGAGGAGGGUUCCGAGGAGGGUUUGGCUUGGAUUGCAAACGUCAAUGGGAUUACUGGUGGGUGGAAAUCACACCUCCUCCAGGUUUUGCACUCGAAAAAAAAAAAUGGACUUUAAGUUCUUGAAAUGGCAUCUGCUUCGCGGGCCCUCGAUUAGGCGUGUGGUGCUGAGAGCUUUUAUGCUUGUAAUUGCUGUAAUUGUGGUGUCUUUGAUGCAAAUGGCCCGUGAGGUUCGGGUGAUCGGGCCGAUAGCGAUGAAUGUUGAUAAAUGUCCACUUAAUUUGGACUCCAACCUGGAGUUGAAUCUCACUGGUUUCUUGAAUUCUGCCUCAACUUUUGCACUACCUCUUUUUGGGGCUUCUACGGUGCCUUGCAAUGUAAGUGAGAACUUGACUAGGACUGUUCUCAAGGAGAUGAUGGAGAAGAACUUGUUGCAAUCAAAUGCAAGAGCAUUGUGUGUUGGGGAGAGAUCUGCCUCUGCUGUAUUGGCAUUGCGGCAUUUGGGGUUUUUCAAUGCCUUUGGUGUCGACAGGCACCCCUUUUUCUCCCUUCUCAGGAGGAGAUUUGUGUAUGAGCUCAACUUUGAUGAUAACCAUUUCGAUUUUGUGUUCUCGGAAGAUGUUGAUAGGGUCUCAGUUCCGGCCCUCCUUGUGCUGGAGAUUGAGCGUGUUCUGCGUCCUGGUGGGACAGGUGCUAUGCUUGUUGGAGCCCGGCAGGUUUACUCUGGUGGCUUGGUACGAUCAGCUGCCCCCAUUGCUUCGUUUUUGAAGAGCUCCGACGUUGUUCAUGUAUGUGGUGUUGGACCUUUCAUGCUUGUGAUAUUCAAGAAGAGACUCGAAAGUUUUGCCUCGUUUGAGCAUUUCCAACUUCCAGCUAGUUGUCCUUCUAUUGCGAAUAACAAGCCGUUCAUGAAGUAUAUCGAACCUCUCACGGAUAAGAUGACGUUGAGCCGAUCCGAGCCAGAACUCUCUUACCUCCCCAACUUCAUGAACAUUUCCUCAAGAAACAAAUUGGUCUAUAUCAACGUUGGCGCAGGGGAGUACGCAAAGACGAGUGUUGCAAAAUUAUCAAAGCCUUAUUGUGCCAACCACCAUGCAGCAUUCAAUGUGUUCAUUAUCGAUCAUAAAACCUCGGUCCUCUCAUCUUACGUGACGGAUCCCGGAAUCAACUUUGUCUACCAUCCGGCCCUAUCCGGAGAUACUUUUAGCCCUGACAUUACCUCCGAUGAAUUCUUGAGCGCUCCGAUGGAUGAAGAUGGAUUUGACUUCAUUCGCUGGUUCAAGGAAACCGUAUCAGACGGAGACUUUUCUGUCCUUAUGAUGAACGCAAAGUCGGCGGAGUUGAACAUUCUCGUCGAGCUAUUCGAAACUGGAGCCAUAUGCCGUGUGGACGAGCUCUUCCUCCAUUGUCCGGAUGCUGCAGACUGUGCAACGAGCAUGUGUGGAGAUUGCAAGAACCAAGGUGAAUGA